UCACUUCCGGUUCGGGUCAUCCCGUGAGGAGCGGCAGGCUGGCGCAGAGAGGACCGCUUUCAGUUCUGCAUUAUUCCUGCGUUCAGGAGGAACCGAGAGCAACAAUAUAAAGUAAUUUAGUUUGAGUUAUUUGUUGCGUCUUGUUUUUUUUGCUAUUUAAAACACGAGUUUGGCGCUUUCGCUUUGUUUGUUUUUCCAAUUUGCUCCGGUGAGAGGCGCUGCUUAGCCGCUCUCUCUCUCUCUCUCUCUCUCUCUCUCUCUCUCUCUCUCUCUCUCUCUCUCGCGUGUUAGCUCGCUAACUUCACCCCAGCCGUCGGUCCCUCUUCCCCCCGUCACUGACACGCAGACAUGCCGGAGUACCUGGACGACCCGUCCGUGCUCACCAAGGACAAGCUGAAGAGCGAGCUGCUGGCCCACAACGUGGAGCUGCCGAGCGGGAACCCGACCAAAGACGUGUUUGUCCAGCUGUAUCUGAAGAACCUGACCGCGCAGAAGAACCACCAUGACACCCCCGCGACCCUGGACGCCUUCUCCAGCGACGAGGAGCUCCCGCCGGUCGUGAUCACCAGCAGGAGUCGGUCCUCCGGAAGGAAAGCAACGAGGAAGACGGACAAAGUUCGGUCUGAAGAUCUGGAUGUGACCGAGCUGACUGACGAUAGUCUGAAGGACGAGCUGCUGAAGCACGGGGUUGACGCCGGGCCCAUCGUCGCGUCUACCCGCAAACUGUACGAGAGGAAGCUGCAGAAACUUCUGGACGGCGGCCCUGCUCAGCUGACUCAGCUGGUCGUCACAGAGAUCCAAGUCAACCACAACGGCAACUCUGAGUCUGACAUGUACAGCGACAAGGAGGACGAAGUGAUACCUGAGCCUGAACCUGAACCUGAACCUGAACCUGAACCAGUUCCAGUGGUGGAGCGACCGCUGAGGAGCCGAGGGAAGACGCCCAUCACAACCCGCACCUCCAGCAGCAAACGCCACGUGAGAGACCAGGUGGUGCUGAUGGAUGAGGAGGAGGAGGAAGAAUCUGUCCUGCGGGUGAAGCGCAGAUCCAGGAGGUUUUCUCAGAGAACGAUAGUGCCUGAGGAUCUCAGGCCGGCUCUGACAGAGCAGGUCCAGCUGCAGGCUAAAAGGAGGGUUUCUCAAAGACUGGACACUCCAGCUCGAGCUGAACCUCCCGCCGUCUCGCACAGGCCUGAGAAGGUGGCUCCGCCCACUAAGGAGGAAGAACGUCCGUCCAAACCGAGUAAGGAUUCUGCUCGCAAACCGGUCGUUCUGCUCGACACGGCGCUUCUGGAGGAGCCUGAACCGAGUACUGAACCUCUGAGACCAGCAGUGAGGUCGAGGAGCGUGCAUGAAGAGCAGAAUCCACUAGCGGCUGCUAAACCAUCCAGACCGUCCUCUCCCUCUCCUCUGGUUCACAUCCCCAGAAUGGACCCGCUCACCUUCAGCCCCAUGUGUAACAUCUCCCCAAUUAAGAAACGGGAGUCCUACUGGUCCCAGUCAGACCAGUUUGGAUCUAGACCCAGCAGAGGGGAGGAGCGAGCCCCCCCUGCAGACGUCCUCCUGCACAAACAGAAGCAGCAGAAAAUCUCCAGCUUCCUGUCGUCCUGCGGCGACGUGCGGACGCUCGGCUCAGUGUCCACUCCGUCCCGGGACGUGUCAGUGAGACAGGUGGAGAAGAUUGCAGCCAGCGAGCAGCCGCCCCCGAAGGUGGAGGAGGACGAGGUCCUGAAGGAGCUGUUCCCCAACGACAUCGCCAGUCCAACAGGAAUCUCCGCCACCUGCAGACGACCAAUCAGAGGCGCAGCCGGUCGCCCGGUGAAGUCCAGUGACCUGUGGAACAGUGAAAACAGCAUCUUCUCUCCAAAAACCACCAAAACCAGCAGCUCCUCCUCCUUCUACACAGAGAGCAACAUCGUCCACAGGGUCUCCAGCCUGCCCCUCUCUAACUCCUCCUCCGCCAUCCCUUCUUACUCCUCCUCCGCCAUCCCUUCUUACUCCUCCUCCGCCAUCCCUUCUUACUCCUCCGCCAUCCCUUCUUACUCCUCCUCCUCCUCAUCCUCCUCCUCCUCCUCCAGGCCUCUGUCUGCAGCGCCCCCUGCAGGUCAUAGCAAAGCCGCUCCUAGCAGGAUGUCCCUGUGGAAAAAGGUGCUCCUGCUGGCUGUUGUGGCCACGUUCCUGUUCCUGGUUUAUCAGGCCAUGGAGACCAACAGCAUCCCGCCGAUUAAAGCCCCCCCUGCAGAUGUGGCGAGCGACAGCGCGGCGUAGAGAGAACAGGAGGGGAGCUUCCAUUCUUUAUUUUUUCUUUAAGCGUGAAUCUUCAUGUAGCCGUUCUGUUCCCGGGCGCUGUGAAAUUACCUCCGACAUCUUUGCCCUCCAUGUUUUUUUAUUUUUUAUUCUCCCUCAUUUCCAAAAUCAGUGAAUCAGUGUUCAAAGAGUCGCAGCAGAACUGUUGGAGUGACACUCGGAUCUUUAUGGUGAACGUACAGAAACCUCAGACACAAACGGUAGCAUUCACAGAAACACGAGGACUCACUUUUUUUUUUUAGCAGGUAAUUUUUUUAUGCCAUACAUGCAUGGUGUGUGUUUCUAUCGAAUGUGUGUGUGCCUUACUGUCCGUCCCUGUCAGUCAUUAACAGCUGCAGACGGAGUUUGAACCUCUUGUUUCCUUUUGUACUUUGCUUUGACCGUCUCUGUUAAAGGGACAGACACUCGACUAUGUUAAGAAUCGAACACUCAUAAAUCUUCUUAAAGUGCUACACCGAUAUUUUCUUAAUGUCUUCUUCUAAUAAAAGUGAAAGUCUCUGUGUAUUCUACUUAAUUAUGUAUUCACUGUCACAAAUAUUGAAUAUCCAGUUAAUAAACUAUAACGUUGUUA